AUGUCGCUGUGGGUAGAUAAGUAUCGUCCCACUAAACUCGAGCAGAUAGACUGCAAUAAAGAUGUGGCGCUUCGCCUGAAGAAAUUAACUGAGAAUGGCGAUUGUCCACAUCUGCUCAUACACGGGCCUCCCGGAGCAGGAAAGCGCACGCAGAUAAUGUCCAUGUUGAGAGAUCUGUAUGGUCCGGGUGUCAUGAAAAUCAAAAUCGAUCAACGACAGUAUACG